CGCUCAGAGCCUCUGAGGGCGCCGGCGGGAAGGGACGCGGCGGAUAAUGGGCAACAGUCUCUUUGGCUAAACUGUGAUCAUCAUGUCUAAGGAAGAGUGUGCCAAGGCUGGUGAUAGUUCAUUUUCCUCUGAUAAGCAUGCUGAGCUCAUCUUGGCCCAAAUCAACAGAAUGAGAAAUGGACAGCAUUUCUGUGAUGUACAGCUACAAGUUGGGAAGGAAACCUUUCAAGUUCAUCGGCUGGUUCUAGCUGCCAGUAGUCCAUACUUCGCAGCAUUGUUCGCUGGAGGAAUGAAAGAGUCUUCAAAAGAUGUUGUACAGAUUCUAGGAAUUGAAGCUGGAAUUUUUCAGUUACUUCUAGAUUUCAUUUACACAGGACUAGUGAACAUAGCUGUGAAUAAUGUUCAGGAGUUGAUUGUUGCAGCAGACAUGCUACAGUUGACUGAAGUUGUUAAUCUUUGCUGUGAAUUUCUGAAAGGACAAAUUGAUCCACAGAACUGCAUUGGACUCUUUCAGUUCUCUGAGCAAAUUGCCUGCCAUGAUCUUUUGGAAUUUACAGAAAACUAUAUUCAUGUCCAUUUCUUGGAGGUUCAUAGUGGAGAAGAGUUCCUGGCACUUACAAAAGAUCAGCUGAUCAAAAUUUUACGAAGUGAGGAGCUUAGCAUUGAAGAUGAGUACCAAGUCUUCUUAGCUGCAAUGCAGUGGAUUCUGAAAGACCUGGGAAAGAGAAGAAAGCAUGUGGUAGAAGUGUUAGAUCCAAUUCGAUUUCCUCUAUUACCAUCUCAGAGGCUUUUAAAGUACAUAGAAGGAGUAUCUGAUUUUAAUCUUCGAGUUGCAUUGCAAACACUUUUGAAAGAAUAUUGUGAGGUCAGCAAGUCUCCCAAAGAGAACAAGUUUUGUAGUUUUCUGCAGACAUCCAAAGUUCGACCUCGGAAGAAAGCAAGAAAAUACCUGUAUGCAGUAGGUGGAUAUACACGCUUGCAGGGGGGCCGUUGGAGUGAUAGCAGAGCCCUCAGCUGUGUAGAACGUUUUGAUACCUUUAGCCAGUACUGGACCACUGUAUCUUCGCUUCAUCAGGCUCGAUGUGGUCUUGGAGUAGCAGUUUUGGGAGGGAUGGUCUAUGCCAUUGGAGGUGAAAAGGAUUCAAUGAUUUUUGACUGUACUGAAUGCUAUGAUCCAGUUACUAAACAAUGGACAACUGUUGCUUCAAUGAAUCACCCCCGCUGUGGCUUGGGAGUAUGUGUGUGUUAUGGGGCUAUCUAUGCUUUGGGUGGGUGGGUUGGAGCUGAGAUUGGCAAUACCAUUGAACGAUUUGAUCCUGAUGAAAACAAAUGGGAAGUUGUUGGCAACAUGGCUGUGUCUCGCUACUACUUUGGGUGCUGUGAAAUGCAAGGUUUAAUUUAUGUAGUUGGAGGAAUCAGCAAUGAGGGACUAGAGCUUCGUUCUUUUGAAGUUUAUGAUCCACUUUCCAAGCGUUGGUCUCCACUUCCUCCCAUGGGAACCAGAAGAGCCUAUCUUGGAGUGGCAGCACUCAAUGACUGCAUCUACUCUAUUGGAGGGUGGAAUGAGACACAAGAUGCCCUUCAUACUGUGGAAAAGUACUCUUUUGAAGAGGAAAAGUGGGUUGAAGUUGCUUCAAUGAAAGUGCCUAGAGCAGGCAUGUGUGUUGUGGCGGUCAAUGGUCUCCUGUAUGUUUCUGGAGGCCGCUCUUCUAGCCAUGAUUUCUUGGCCCCAGGUACCUUGGACUCAGUUGAAGUUUACAACCCUCAUUCAGAUACAUGGACAGAAAUUGGUAACAUGAUCACUAGUCGUUGUGAAGGUGGUGUUGCUGUACUAUGACACACAAAGCAUAAAAGCACAGGAAACAUUUUGAAAAUGUAGGUUUUGACGUUUUGUAAAUCAAAUACAUAUUUGUGAUAUGACCCUUUUGAAGAUUACAUGUAUUGAAUAGAUAGAUAAGAGUGAUUUUUUUCUGAAAAUUUGAGUAAGAAUGGAUAUGAAAUAUAUCUUAAUAAAGAACGCAUACAAAUUUUCAAA